AUGGCAUUCAGGAGGCAAGUGAAAAAUUUCGUGAAAAAUUACUCAGAUGCUGAAAUCAAAGUCAGGGAAGCGACUUCUAAUGACCCUUGGGGUCCUUCUAGUUCUCUGAUGCUAGACAUCAGCGACCUGACUUUCAACACGAUUUCUCUGUCCGAGAUCAUGAACAUGCUAUGGCAGAGACUCGAUGACCAUGGGAAGAACUGGCGCCAUGUGUACAAGUCCCUUACGCUAAUGGAUUAUCUCAUCAAGAACGGAUCAAAGAAAGUCAUCCAGCAUUGCAGAGAGAGGUUCUGUAACCUUCAGACACUGAAAGAAUUUCAGCACAUUGACGAAGCUGGAAAAGACCAAGGUUAUUAUAUCCGAGAAAAGUCUAAACAAGUUAUAACAUUGCUGAUGGAUGAACAAUUGCUGCAUAAAGAGAGGGAAGUAGCAUGUCGGACUAGACAGCGUACCUCCUACUCUAUGACAUUUCCUAAAAGAUUACCUGGUACAGGUAACUCACCAACAGCAUGUGCUUCUACCCCCUCACCAGAAAUUCCUGCUUCCAAGAACAAAUGUAAACUUCGUAAGGUUGCAAGGCUACAUCGUCAAAAAAAAGCUUCCAAGACAGGAUGGAGACAAGAGCAGUGCCAAAACAUUCAAUUGCCUAGUGAGACUGCCUUGUCCCAGGAAACACUGCCACUCAAGAUUAAUGCUUGGAAAUCAACAGAGGACCUGAUGUUAUUUUAUGAUGAUGAUCCAAAGCCACUUUUGCCAACAGUACCUCCUCCCAUUACCUCUUCAAUGAGGUGGAUGUCAGAAGGGGAAGCAGAGGUUGCUAACCUCUGGGACACAGAUACUAUACCCACUCCCUUGGAAGAAAGCCCAUCUCUGCAGACAAAUGUGAGUUUGGAUAAGAGAUCAAACAGUAAUAUUACAGAUACCGUCAUAGAAAGCCCCUUACAAACGCCUCAAGAAAAGCAGUCAGCUGCAAAAAGUUUUGAACCAUUAACAACUUUACCAGCAUUGUGGUCAUCAAGUAAAGAAGAGUUUAUCCCCAAUAUAAGAACAUCAAAGUCAGCUUCUAGUUUUUAUAACCAGGCCUCUGUAGAGACACUCUAUGUCUCUCCCUCAUUCGAAACAUUUGACCCCAUAAAGGAGAUUGUAAUCAAUAUGGACUCUCAGAAGCCAACACCAUCCCGCAUGGUCCAGAUAGGUGAUGAAGACCACCAGCCCUUAACCACAUGGGUUUCAACCGUCUCUGAAGGAACAUCCUCCUUUUCUACGUUAUCCGUGUCAUCUCCUGAUUCAGCCUCGCCAGAGAAGUCAGUUCAUAUCUUACCCCCAGUUUUGGCUGGACCUUCCUUCUGGACUUUAUCCCAUCAACCGGCUUCUGCCUUCUUUAAAGACAAAGAUAAUACAGUGUUUUCUGAUGAAGAGGAAAAUGACAACCUCAAUCUACUGGAAAUUCUUCCAGAUAACUCUGGUUCUGCUAAAAACAAGACCAGUCAUAUCUCUAGCGCUAAUUGGGUAGAAUUUUCCACCCGAAAUGUAGAUCACUUCGCCUCUGUGACCUGCGCUAAUUUUCAGACAACCAAAGGCUUGCCUAGGGAGCCUGAAACAAAUAAUUCCAUUAAAAUUCUUUUAGGUGAGGUGAAAAAUGCUAUCAUCAGAUUACAUGAAGAUCUGGGCACGGUGAUAGAAGAACUUCAUGCCAUCAGUAGCCAUCUGGUAAGCAUGAGUGGGAAUAGUCAACAAAUAAGCAAAUCUUUGCAGGUUGCCCAGUCUUCUGAGGGUAGUUCAGGCCACACUGAAUCACCUCAGUAA